AUGCCUCAGGGUUUAACAGGCAUCUUGGAGGAGUGGAAAUGUCUGGAAGAGGAGUAUCAGCAUGUUCAGGAGACGCACAAAAAGUACCUGCAGAAACUAGAUGAGCUUUCCAAGCUCCAGAGCAGCUGUUCUUCCUCCAUUUUCCGUCAACGCAAAAGAUUGAAGGACAUGUCUCACCUCGUGAAGAAGUGCAGUAAAGGACUAACAGAAGAAGAUGCCAAAACCAUUGAUGACAUUAAGGAGAAAAUCAAGACACGACCAGCUGCUUUCUUUGAAAUGGAGGCUUUCCUCCCCAAGAAAAACGGGUUGUAUCUCAGUCUGGUCCUGGGAAAUGUCAAUGUAACUCUUCUCAGCAAGCAGUCAAAAUUUGCCUACAAAGACGAAUAUGAGAAAUUCAAGCUCUACCUCACCAUAAUCCUGCUGCUGUUCUCCUUCAUAUGCUAUUUCUUUGUGGGCUACAGAUUUCUUGAUGCAAUCCUCAAUUUCCUCCUGGUGUUUUACUACUCUACGUUAACUAUCAGGGAAAGCAUCCUGAUCAACAACGGCUCCAGAAUCAAAGGCUGGUGGGUUUUCCAUCACUACAUCUCUGCGUUUCUGUCUGGAGUAAUGCUAACAUGGCCGGAUGGCAACUUGUACCAGAUUUUCAGAAACCAGUUCCUCGCCUAUUCCUUGUAUCAAAGUUUUGUUCAGUGCUUGCAGUGCUAUUAUCAGAGUGGCUGUCUGUAUAGACUACGAGCCCUGGGAGAAAGACACAACAUGGAUCUGACUGUGGAGGGAUUUCAGUCCUGGAUGUGGCGAGGGCUGACUUUUCUUUUGCCCUUCCUGUUUUUCGGUCAUUUUUGGCAGCUCUUCAAUGGGCUCUCUCUCUUCAGAAUGGCUCAGCUCCCAGACUGUAAAGAAUGGCAGGUCUCGACAUGUGGUCUCUGCUUCCUGAUCCUCUUCUUGGGGAACUUCUUCACCACUGUCGCUGUUGUUCGGCAGAAGCUCAAGAGCAAGAGCCAGAGACCAAAGAGUCAGUGACAUCCACAAAAAAGUGUCUGACAUGGAUCUCUUCCCUCUACAAAGCCCAAAUCAUCAUCAUUUGCUGGUUAAUCUGAGCAUCUAUUAUUACACUAUCAUCUUGUUAUAAUUGGCCGUAUAGUUCAAUGUUUCUUGCAUUAUCCAAUGUAUUACAUAGUUCAGGGCAGCU